AUGGCGGACUCCAAUGGUGACGUCCACAAAGCUCAAGAUGUAUCAGAUACUUCAGCGGAUAAGGCGUCAUCUUCAGUUCCGGUGAACGGUGAAAACGGCCACUCGUCCAAAAAUGCGCACUCGCACGACCACGAACAUACCCAUGGCGACGACGCCAACGCCGGAGGGCUGUUCCAGGUGACCGUGAAGCUGCCACAUAAGCCAUACAAGCAGUCGAUCAUGGUCACAUACCAAGAACAAGUUCAGGAUGUGCGCCAGUCCAUCGUCGAGACCCCCGAUACCUUUCAAUAUACCUGCUUCCAUCUCGAGCACAACGGCCAGCGGGUCAAUGACUUCGUGGAGCUUUCCGAAGUCAAGGACCUGAAGCCGGAUGAUGAGUUGGUGCUUGUUGAAGAUCCCUACACCGAGAAAGAGGCAAGAUUACAUGUUGUUCGCAUAAGGGAGCUUAUCGGGGCCGCUGGCGACCGGUCCGAUUUGCUCCACGGUAUUAAUGCUGGCUUGUCACUGCACGACGACAAGUUUGGCUCAGCUCAAGCUCCGGCAGACAAGUCAGAUGGCAACCCUUUGGCUGGAUACGAUGUUGAUGGUCGCCCGUCUAUGGAGGCUAUUUUGCCGUCGCAUCAGGACUCAUUGCCCAAGACGAUCAAGUCUCUCUCAGUGUCGCAGUGGAACCCUCCUCCAUAUCACUUGCGUCAGCGAGGCCACUUGCUCUACUUGCAGCUUACCACCAACGAAGGCGAGCAGCACCAGAUUACCGCCACUGUGUCUGGCUUCUACGUCAAUAAAUCCUCUAGCAACAAAUUCGAUCCAUUUCCGAGGCCGGCGCCAAAGAACUACCGUGCACACUCUUUGCUAACUCUGAUAUCUUUGGUGUCACCGUCGUUCAACGAGACCUUUGUCGAACUUCAGAAGAUGAACGGUCGGAAGGAUCUGCUCACCACGUUUCCCUUCCAGAAUGCGAUUCCCGCAAACCCGUGGUUGGUGCCGUCUUCGCACGCCCAAGGAACUCAACAUCAGGCGGACCCCACGAGAUCACAGGAAGCGUAUCUGAUUGGUGGAGCCGAUGGCGCGGAAAACCUUCGGGAUUGGAACGAGGAGUUCCAGACCACCCGGGAGCUUCCUCGAGAGACUCUGCAAGAUCGCGUCUUCCGCGAACGCUUGACGUCGAAGCUAUUUGCCGAUUACAAUGAUGCUGCCGCCAGAGGUGCGGUCCUUGUUGCCAGAGGAGAGGUUGCUCCUUUAAAUCCUACCGAAGGCCGGGAUGCUCAGAUCUUCAUCUACAACAACAUAUUCUACUCCUUCGGUGCCGAUGGCGUUCAAACCUUUGCCAGUGAGGGAGGUGAUGAGGCUGCCCGAGUUGCGGUAGGUAAGGAUGUUGCCGGGGUUAAGGCUGUGAAUCAGUUGGACAUCAAUGGCCUCUUCACUCCUGGCACGGUCGUGGUCGACUACCUCGGCAAGCGAAUCGUCGGUCAAAGCAUUGUGCCGGGCAUCUUCAAGCAGCGAGAACCUGGCGAGCACCAAAUUGACUAUGGUGGUGUCGAGGGCAGGGAUAUCGUGACGGAGAAUGAAGCGUUCGUGCCCGUUUUCGAGAAGUUAUCGAAAUCCCUACAUGUUAAGAAGCAUGCCGUGUGGGAUAAGGAAGGCAAGCGACACGAUCUCGAAGGCAGUGUCGAGACGAAGGGACUGUUGGGCACCGACGGCCGGAAAUACGUUCUCGAUCUUUAUCGCAUCACUCCUCUCGAUGUAGCCUGGUCAGAAGAAGUCGAAGCCGAUGCCAUUGGCGACAAAUAUCCCCACCGGAUGUCUGUGUUGCGAUUGGAGUUAGUCGAGGCUUAUUGGCGCCUGAAGAUGCAAGAAUAUGUCCGCGCGGAAGUGGAGAAGCGUCGCUCCAAGCAGACUAACGGUCAUGCCGAGACACAAGGUCAAGUGGAAGCAGCCCAGUCCAACGGCGACAACGCCGAAGGUGAAAAGAAGGACGAACAGGCUACUACAGAAAAUUCGGAAGAGUCUAAGAAAGAUUCACCCGCUUCUGAACAGGAACGUGUGGAUAUUUCGAACUUCAAUUUUGCCCUGAAUCCAGAUGUCUGCAGUGGACAGGUGCCUCAGACAGAUGAUGAAAAACAAGAAUAUGCCGAGGAUGAAAAGGAAGUCCGAGCAGUCUGCGAAUUCUUGAGGAGCAAGGUGAUUCCUGAGUUGAUCACGGACCUCCAUGAUGGAGAUGUUGGUUUCCCCAUGGAUGGACCGUCCCUCUGCCAGCUUAUGCACAAGCGAGGUAUCAACAUCAGAUACCUGGGGAGACUCGCCAAAGCUGCCGAGGAGAAAGGUCAUCGUCUUGAGGCAUUCUCCACUGUUGUACAGCAGGAAAUGGUUGCUAGGGCUUUCAAGCACAUUCUCAAUGGCUAUUUGCGCCAUUUGCCAGCGGUCUUUGCCGGUGCUUGUAUCUCCCAUCUUCUUAACUGCUUGCUUGGAGUCGAGCAGAACUUCAACCCGCGGGCCGAGAUUGACGAAGAACUGAGGGCUCUGUAUCCCGAAGGAGAUUUCUCGUUUGAAAAGGUCAACCCAACCAAACUGCAAGAAGAGGUCGAGAAACAGGUCAAGAUCAGAUAUCGCCACGAACUGAAGCCCAACUGGCUGGCAUCAAUCCGCCCACUGCCAUUUCUCCGUGAGAUCUGCUUGAAGCUUGGUCUCCAGUUGGCGGCUCGGGAAUACACUUUCAGCAAAGGAGUUCACUUGAGUCUCGACUCAUCCCCUGCUAGAAGCAGCAGUGACACCCAUUCCACUAACGGUGCGCAGCCAGAGGAGGGUAGCAAGAAGAAGAAAAAGAAGGGCGGUGAACAAGUUCAAGCCAGUUCUGCUGUUGCGAAACCUUCUACCACCUUCACUGCGGAUGACAUCCUCAACAUCGCUCCUCUCGUGAAGGAUGCCGCUCCAAGGAGUGCUUUGGCCGAGGAAGCACUGGAAGCCGGCAAGAUUUCGCUGGCUCAAGGUCAGAAGCAGCUGGGCCAGGAGUUGGUGCUGGAAUCUCUGUCGCUGCACGAGCAGAUCUACGGAAUUCUCCAUCCGGAAGUGGCAAAGAUGUAUCAUUCCUUGUCGACCAUUUAUUACCAGACGGAUGAGAAGGAGGCUGCCGUCGAGCUGGCCCGCAAGGCUGUCAUCGUGACUGAACGCACUCUCGGAGUUGACUCGCAUGAAUCUAUCCUCGCGUACCUCAACCUGUCGCUCUUUGAGCACCACGUCGGUAACACCCGGCAGGCGUUGAAGUACGUCCGACAUGCCCUGGAUGUCUGGAAGAUUAUCUUCGGCCCCAAUCAUCCCGACUCAAUUACGACCAUGAACAAUGCCGCGGUCAUGCUCCAGUCAUUGAAGGAGUACUCAGAGUCUCGUCGGUGGUUUGAAGCCUGCUACACAGUGUGCGAAGGUCUUUUUGGACGACAAUCUGUCAAUGCCGCCACUAUCUUGUUCCAACUGGCGCAGGCUUUGGCAUUGGAUGGUGACUCCAAGGGCGCAGUCAACAAAAUGCGCGACGCUUACAAUAUCUUCUUGGCGGAACUGGGCCCGAAUGACCGCAACACCAAGGAAGCCGAGAGCUGGCUGGAACAGUUGACUCAAAACGCGGUUUCGUUGGCGAAACAAGCGAAGUUACUACAGAGCCGACGGUUUGGCAUUCGACAUCUUCCUCGGAUGGGUGCCGGCACAAGGCUUCAACCUCAGAGCGCGAGCACAGCAGCUCCCAAUUCCAGCACCAAACCUUCGGCAGUCGAACCAAAUGUCCGGACUGGCACCGGCCAUGUGUCAAUGGAUUCCCGAAGCAUUGACGAGUUGUUGAGGUAUAUCGAAGGCAACGACGCCGGGAGCAGCAGCCGCUCCAAGCAGCAGCAGAAGAAGCCUCUCAACCCUAAAGCUAGAGGUUCAAGGAAGUCGGCAAACGCAUAA